AUGGCAACCCCAACCAAGCUCUGUAUUUUUUGCCGCUCUGUGGAGCCCAUCUCCCAACCCUGCGCUGCGCUUCCGACGUCAAAAGCCAUCGAGCUGAUUGCCCCUCUGCGAGCCCAUGAGGAGGCACUCAUCCUUGGACUCCAGCAACAACCCAGCGCACUUUGCCAACGAUGUGCCGCCUUCGACAUUGUUCGGGUUUUCAAGGACUCAAACCCCUUGGACAAUUCCAAGGCUGAGUACCACACGCUCGACUACCGCCACUCAAGUCGGCAGUACGAGAUGGAUUUCGGCGAACUGGCAUCGCUGGUACUAUCCCCAUCCUGCCCGCUCUGUCGCUUGAUUUUUCGAAUCUUCCCCAGAGUAGGUCUUGGAACCACUGAUGUCAUGCUCAAGCUCGUACCAUUCCGGUCCUACGUCCAACGAGGGGGAUGGAACUUGUUUCCAGCGCAGUUGAGAACAAACCCGGCCAUUUUCCUUGGUGUCAAUUCAGGGGGCACCUCAAUCAUCAAUGAGCGUGAACCUCGGCCACUGGGCGGCGAGGUUCGCCGCUUUGGAUAUAGGACUGGGGAGUCGAUUGCGCUUGCUGGAACCACACGAUCAGGCAAUGCGAGACACCUUGACCGCUUUGUCGACUUCUCAAGAUUCUCGGGGGCAUUGGAAGACUGCAUCAAGAAUCACGGACCUACCUGCCAGGUCACUGCCUCACCGGAACUAUCCCUCACGCGUAUGAUCGAUGUCAUUGACCGUAAAGUCGUCCCUUAUCCUGACGGGUGCGACUACUUUGCCCUCAGCUAUGUGUGGGGUGGCGUCAUGCCGGCCGCAGAUGCUCUGGAUGGCAAGACGCUUCCCGACACGAUCGAAGACGCCAUCGCCGUCACAUGUAAACUUGGUCGGCGCUAUCUCUGGGUCGACGCCCUCUGCAUCGAUCAGACCCCAAACCCGACUCCCAUCCAACGCAGAGAAAAGGAGAAGCAACUCAGAAUUAUGGAUCAGAUCUACUCCUCUGCCACACUCACCCUCGUUGCCGUGGCAGGCAACAACUCUAAUGCUGGCCUUCCCGGGGUGGCCCGCCCCCGCACUCACCAAUUGCGCGAGACCAUCGCAGGCCACACCGUCUUCACCGUUCCCCCAACCGUUGGGGAAGAGAUCGCUGCCUCCACUUGGUCAACACGCGCAUGGACACUACAGGAAUCGAUGCUUUCAGUCCGUUACCUCUUCUUCACCAGCACCCAGGUCGAGUUUGCCUGUCCUGAGCACAGGUUGCCUGAAACACUGGAAAUUACAAAGACUGUGCCAAGCUGGCCCCAGUCAAUGCCGGGAAUUUUGAAGAGUGUAGAGUUGGUAUUGAGUCAGUGGAAGCAGGCACCUGAUGAUCUACUCGGCUCCAUGUAUUGGACUUGUAUUAUGGAUUAUACGGCUCGACGGAUGACGAAUGAUGAGGAUUCGCUCAACGCGCUGGCCGGGAUCAUUGCGGUCUUGGAGAAGAACGUUCCAGCUGCGGCGUGUGUCUGGGGGCUUCCGUUGGCAGCCUUUCCACGGUUCUUGGGGUGGAUGCAUCUCUGCGAAGGCGGGACCCCGAAGAGAAGAAGCGCAUUUCCGAGCUGGUCAUGGGCCGGUUGGGAAGGGGAGGUGUCACUCAAUGAGGCGCUGCAGAUGUCCAGGGAGAAGAGAAGAAUGCGAUUUCAUGACUUGACAUGCGACAUGGAGAUUCAAUACUUGGGUGUGAAUGGGGCCCAGAUCGAGGUGGAAGGAUGGCGAGUUUGUUUGGAGAUACGCACUGAGCCACUCAGCGAGGCUGUGCUUCCUGGGACAGAUAGGAUUAUGGGGUACAUCAAAGAGCGAGAUUUUAUUCACGGCAAUACGAUUCCUUCUGGCGGAUAUGAGUGUUUGGUCGUUGAGAGGUUUGCCUACCGAAACAGCAGGGAUGGACCGGUAUAUCAGAAGGUCUUCAUGAUUGUUUUGGAAUUUGGCGGAGCUGGCUCUGGGGUUGCCAGGAGGAAGACAUUCAUCACACUUGAUACUUUGGCAGGAGUGGACUUUGUAUGCUCGGGGCCUAGGAAGGAGAGAGUGGUGUUAGAGUAA